ACAGCGCAGCCCGGUGCACAUUUCCAUUGUUCUCCGCUUUUCAUCGCUUUGUAUCAGUCGAUCAGUGAGCCCACUGUGUAAGGAUAGUGUAUGUUUUGUUUGUGAGUGUGUGCAAUAAGAUCAGCAACGCAAAAUGCUUGAACUCAUGUCGUGGGGCGAGAUUGUCGAGAACCUCAGGUCAGAGGGCAACUUCAAAAUGGCCGCAGUCUUUGAUCUGAACGCGGAGAAAAUCGCCGAGUCUGAAGGCGCCGUAUUGACCUGCGAGGAAGCUGAGAUGAUCCUCAAAUCGCUGGACCAUUUCUCUACCAUGAUCUACGGUCUUUUCCUCACGGGGUUAAAGUUCAGCUGCAUCAGUGUUGACAGGGACACUAUCCUCGGACAGGGAGAUGGGAAUGUGUUCGUUGGCUACAGAAGAGGGGACUUGCUGGUGUGUGCGGUGUCUGGGCUUAACUCGAAAUCCUCUUGUCUGGGAACGGUGAAGAAUUUUGUUGGACGUCUCGUGGCAAAGGGGGUCCCGGAGUUGGCUGUGCCGUGUUUGAGUAUUUGAUGAGAUGUGUUCCAACAUUCCUCCUGUGAGUUGAUGAAUCAGAAAACACCACGCAAUGAUGAUGUGUCGCUGAUGUACAUAAUUUAGAUCCUGUGCUCAAGGACUGCAAGGAAUUUCGAGCUCAAAAACAAGCGCAAAUAACAGAAACACGGACUGAAUGAAUAUUCUUUUUGCAGAAACCACUAUUUUGCAGGCCGUACUUUUAUCUAUCUUCUUUUUACUGACAUUUCAUUUGGAUCGAAAUGUUUAACGCAUGUACUUAUCUUCGUGUGUUGGUGACUUACAGAACCUGGGACUUAUCAUUUAACCUUCUGACUGGGAACGAGGCAGAACUUUGUUGGGCGUGUCGUGGCAAAGAGAGCACCAGAGGUAGCUGUGCUGUGUUUGAGUAUUUGACGAAUAAAAGAUAAUGUGUCGCUGACAUGGGCAAUUUAGACCCUGUUAUCGUCAGUACCGAGGAAUUUUUAGCUUAAAAACAACAGUAUGAAACAAACAAGAAUUACUGACUUGUAAACCCGAUCUUUCUCAAGAAACCCCAUAAACAAUCAGUGUCUAACCUUCUGAUGGCUGAAUUUCAAUUAGAAUCGAAAUUUGUAUUACGUUUACCAUUUUUUUGGUAUGUUAAUGGGACAGAAUGUGAUGAAAGAAUGGUUGUUGAUACUAAAAAAAA